AAGGGUUAGGGUUUGUAAUCUUCACAUGCUUGUCUUUACGACUCCGUCAGUUCCCCAGGCCAAGUUGUUAUCUUUCAAGGGAGAUGAACAAUAACCACCCUAUAGUUACUAUUGAUGUGGUCCUUGAUCGCCGCACUGCCAAAGAAGUUCUCCAUGCCAUCCUCCACUCUAUACUUUUCCACAGGCUGUUUGGGCUAGUAAAGCCUCAGAGUUUUGAAGUGCUUGAUGUUACCAUGCCGGGGGUGGUCGAUCAAGAGAUGGAGCAACUUGUGAACGACAAGGUAGAUAUCUUCUGGAAAGGUAUCGAAGGCGGUGUGAAUAAACGUGGCCAGAUACUCGUUAUUUUCUCGGAAAAGCGUCCAAAGAAGUCUUGGUUUCAGGUGUACAUGGGUGAAGAAGAGGUUCCUUGGGAGCAAUGGAUAAUCAACGCUGAAAUGAGACAGCCCAAGUCAGAUCGAGACCGACAGGAAUUUAAUGCUACGCUGGCAUCUACUCUUUCCAAAUCAUUACACGUCAUGCUCACGCAUACAUCAUCUGAACGUGGACGUACAGCGGUACCCCUAAUUACCAACUCUACCGGCAUCUCGCCAUUCCCCAUAAAGAUGGUUGUCAAAGUUGGUGGUGUGGAAAUUGGUUGAACACCUUCACCAAAGCGCUUAGGCAUAGCACAAUCGUAUUCGUCUUGUAAGGAGGCAUAUAUCUAUUUAUCACAAGGUAGUGUGAUGGGGAAUCAAGCUUCUUUUCCUUUCCCUUACUUUGAACAUGGAGUUUACUACUAGUCAAAUCUGGAAAAACGCGUAAACCACUCGUUGACUCCACGAGCGCAUUCUUCCUUGGACCACCCUAGAGAGACGAGGAUAGUUAGUUUCGACCCUGUCAAUCAUACGCUGUCAUGCCGCACGUUGUUGCUCGAUGUCUGGGUUGCCCCGAACAGAGAAACCGUGUUUAACACCAGCAAAUACCUGGAAAUAAUAUAGUGCCUUUCGUUCAACCAUAAUAUCUUCAGCUCGGCGACGCGAGGACAAAGGGAAAGUGUGGUCAUCCUCUGUAGAUUUAGCUUCAAUACUGGAAUACGGAGGCUGUGAAGCAGACAUUAAGAGUUUGUAAAGACAAGAUUCUAGGUUGACUCACUUUUCAAUUUCUCGAAAUGGCUCUCAUCCAAGAAUGCUGGUCUUACCAGCUUCGAUGAAAUCUGUUGCUGCCAAAUCCAUGACGAAAGGUUUACAUCUGUGCUAUGAAUGCUUACCCACAGCGCAGUACUUCGUAUUCUCAGUGCCUGCUCACAUCAAGCCAUUGCGGAAAUGCCUCUUUCGCAGGUGCCAAUUUCGAUUUUGCCCAAGCAUCCCUAUUGAAACCUGGUGGCUGAGUGGGGACUGUAUCACCAAAGAAAUAGUCUGGACCAAGCACAU